UCUGAACAAAUGGAUUAUUCAUCAUGGGAUGAUCUUCUUUUUCAGUACAAUUCACUUCCAUUUAACGUUAACGAUACAGAAGAUAUGUUACUAUUCAAUCUUGGAUCAUCGCAAGAAACAGUGAACUCGUCGUCUAGUACUUAUGGAAUAAAGGAAGAGGAAGUGACCUCAUAUGAAGAAGAAACAGAAGGUGAAAAGGAAAAGAAUUACAGAGGUGUUAGAAAGAGGCCAUGGGGGAAAUUUGCUGCUGAAAUUCGUGAUUCUACGAGGAAUGGUGUUCGUGUAUGGCUAGGUACAUUUGAUAAUGCUGAAGAAGCUGCGUUAGCGUAUGAUCAAGCUGCAUUUGCUAUGAGAGGUUCCAUGGCUAUACUUAAUUUUCCUGUGGAGAUAGUUAAGGAGUCAUUAAGUGAAAUGAAGUGUAGAUUUGAUGAGAAUUGUUCGCCGGUGAUUGAAUUGAAGAAGAGAUAUUCAAUGAGGAGAAAGAGUGUGAGUAGAAGAAACAGAGCAAGAAAAGAUGUUGUGGUUUUUGAAGAUUUGGGUGCUGAGUAUUUAGAGGAAUUGUUGAUUUCUUCAGAAAGUAUCACAAAUUUGUGAUUUCUUUCCCCUGUUUCUCAGCUUGCUCUGUUUAUAUAAUAUUGAAUUAGGACUUCAUUUGUUUGAUUGUUUUUUUAAGAGAGGGAAAAUGGGAACGUCUCUCACCAACAACGUGAAAGUUCAGAUUCCCCUUUUCAACUGCAUUUUGUGAAUUCAUUGAUGACUUUAUUAAUUUAUGACUAAUUAUGUUUUUG